CUCUUCCUCAAACCUCCACCAUCUAUUUUCGCAAUUGCAAGUUUGCGCCGCCAGUUCUCCCGUCCCGCCUGUCUACCUCGAGUUUUUUUCUUCUUUAUUCCCAGUGUUUAUCUUUUUUACUAUCCGUUCUCCCAUUGUCUCUUUGUCGUGAACAAUGUCUGCGAAGAAGUCCGCUGCCAAAUCUUCUGUCAAGAAGGCUACCAAGGCCACUCAUCCGCCUUGGUCUGACAUGAUCAAAGAAUGUAUCGCUGCGCAUACAGAAGACGUGCGUAUAGGUGUUUCCCGCCCCCAAAUAAAAAAAUUUGUCGAAGACAAGUACAAGCUUGUCAUUGGCGCUGCUCAGAAUACUCAACUGGCGAGGGCGCUCACGUCUGGAAGCGAGAAAGGGGUGUUUGUUCUUCCUAAAGGUCCUUCUGGUCGUGUCAAGCUUGCACCGAAGACCAAGGCAGUUGAUACCUCGGCUGCUAAAGAGAACAAGCCUGCGACAAAGGCGAAAUCUACCGCCAAGUCGGCUGCCAAACCUACUCCCAAGACUGCGACCGCUAAAUCUAUAGCUACUAAAUCAGCAGCCACUAAGGCCAAGCCCACCACUAAGGUCAAGGCUACUAAGGUUGCAAAGAAGCCGGUUGUUGCGAAAAAGUCAGUUGCAAAGCCAAGAACGACAGCUACAUCGACUGCCGCCUCCAAACCCACAGGGACUGCACGUACGACUGCUGCUGCUAAGAAGGCGUCCUCUGCAAAGGCGUCCUCUACAAGAGCUAAAGUAGCGCCCAAGAAGACGGCUACAGCCAGUAAAGCUACUACCACCAAGAAAACCACUACUACUGCGAGACGUGCACCUGCGAAGAAGGCUGCCACCGGCACGGGUGCCACAACGAAGGCUAAAGCCGCGGCAAAGAAGGCCCCUGCAAAGAAGACAACUACCAAAGCUGUAACGAAUACUGCCAAGAUCGCACGGAAGAAGCCCACGAAACGGUCGUAGGAGAUGAUUCGAACAUUUCCGUUCUAUUUUUACUGGCAUCUUUUGUAUCUCCAUUUCUCCGUCAUAUCUAUGUCUACGUCUUUUCGUGUCGUCUUGUUUCGCAUAAUUUAUGUCCCUAGUAUGUAUUUGCCUUCAUCAAGUAUGUACCACAUAGGAAGAUGAUAUGAUACAUUAUUGUCUAUAGAUUGUAUACACCUAUCAUGGCAGGCCGCAGCUAUUCGGAUCUUGAGAUGUAGCAUGCGUGAACAGCAUGCUUGCCAUGAAGAAUCUUCGUGCGAAUUUAUAUAACGAUUAUUAA